AUUUUAGUUUUUUUUUUAUAGGAUCGAGGGUCUGUCAAGCUGUGAUUGGCUGAGGGGAAAAAAUAAUUGUUUUGUGUUUGGUUCCCCGUAACUUUCUCUUUCGUCUAUCUCUCGUCUCUCACAGUACUAUGAACGGCGAAAGGACUGGACUGGAGAAUCUCUCUGUUUGGUUCAAUAAUGCUUAAAUUGUAGAGAAUUUCUCUGUUUUUCUUGAGCUGAACAUGUAAUUGGGACUGGAUCCUUUGGUGUUGUCUUUCAGGCUAAGUACUUAGAGACAGAAGAAAAAGUAGCAAUCAAGAAAGUGUUACAGGACAAGAGAUACACAAAAAAAGAGAACUUCAGAUCAUGCGAAUGCUCGAACACCUUAAUGUCGUUGAGCUCAAGCAUGCUUUCUUCUCUACCACUGAGAAAGACGAGGUUUAUUUUAACCUUGUUCUUUGAGUAUGUACCCGACGAGACUAUAUACCCCGCUUCGAGAUCUUACACCAAGAUGAAUCAUCAUAUGUCUUUGAUUUAUACUCAGCUCUAUACCUAUCAGGUAACACUUCUCCAACAUCCAUUACUCUGAAAAUUAGUUAUUAAUAAAAUCCGAUUAAAGUUAGUUCACCUUCUUAAGAUAGUAUAUUAAUUUAUUGUGGAAAUUUGAAAUUAUUAAAAUAACAAGUGACUAUAAUAAUCCAAAGGAAGUGUUUAAACAUUGAGCUUUGUUUUUCUUUAAACAUAGUUGCAUCUAAUGAAAAUGAUUAUGAUCAUCCCAACUGGGCGAUAAGUCAUUGACCUUUGUAUUUAUAUUUUUAAAACAUACAUAACAAUCCAAACUAGGCGGUUAAUCAUUGAAAUUUGUAUUUAUAUUUUAAAACAUAGUUGCAUAUAUCUAAAAUGAUUCACUCUUACAAUAAUCCAAACCAUUGACCUUUGUAUUUUUAUAAAGAUAGUUGCAUCUAAACUAAAACGUCCUUUGGAACAAUCAGAAAUUACAACGCAAAGUGGUCUGAAAUAUUCUCUCCUCCUUCGUUAUUUGUGAAAUGAUUUUCUCCUAAAACACUUCUUCAGCUUUUCAUCAGCUUUAGUUUCGUUGUUGCUUGGUUGAAAUAUUACCUCUUUCUCUCAACAUGGGGAAUUUUGUGUGCAUCGAAGUUUCUGGUGAUCAAACGGUGGAUCGUAUCAUUAGAUGCUUAGGUGGUAAAGGUUAUAUUCGAAACCUCAAGAAGAAUCUCAAGGCUCUGGAGAGGGGAAUGGAAGAUCUCAGAGCUAGUCAAGAUGUGGUAAAGAAUAAGGUAGCGAUAGAGGAGACCCGGCAUCAACAAAGGCGUGAAGAAGUCCAGGUUUGGCUCAACCGUGUCAAUAGCAUUGAUAUACGGUCUGAAAGUCUGCUUAGUACUAGUCCCGUUCAGAUUAAGAAGUUGUGUCUCUGUGGUUUAUGUUCAAAAAAUGUAUGUUCGAGCUACAGUAAUGGGAAAAGGGUAUUCUUGUUGUUGGAAGAGGUUAAGAAACUAAAAUCAGAGGGUAAUUUUGAAGUGGUUGCUGAGCCGACUCUGAGAUCUGAAGUUGAGGAGAUGCCUACUCAGCCUACAAUUGGUCAGGAAGAAAUGCUCGAGAAGGCAUGGAACCGCCUUAGGGAAGAUGGAGUCGGAAUUAUGGGUUUGCACGGUAUGUGUGGUGUAGGCAAAACUACCCUUUUCAAGAAAAUACACAAUAAGUUCACUGAAAUAGCUGGUACGUUUGACGUUGUGAUCUGCAUCGUGGUGUCUCAAGGCGCAAAGAUUACAAAGCUUCAAGAAGAUAUUGCUCAAAAGCUACAUCUUUGUAGCGACGAGUGGAAGAACAAAAAUACAAGUGAUAAGGCUGCUGAUAUACACAAAGUUUUAAAAAGGAAGAGAUUUGUUUUGAUGCUAGAUGACAUAUGGGAAAAAGUGGAUUUAGAUGCCAUUGGUGUUCCCUUUCCGACAGAAGAGAAUAAAUGCAAAGUAGCAUUCACCACUCGUUCUCAGGAAGUAUGUGGGCGGAUGGGGGAUCAUGACGCAAUGGAAAUCAAAUGUUUGGAACGAGAUGAAGCAUGGGAAUUGUUUAAAAGCAAAGUCGGAGACAAUACAUUAAGUAGAGAUCCAGGCAUUGUCAAGCUAGCACGAAGGGUUGCUGAUAAGUGUCGUGGUCUGCCACUAGCGCUUAAGGUCAUUGGUAAGGCAAUGUCAUCUAAAACUACAGUACGAGAAUGGGAGCAUGCAAUCGAUGUUUUGACAAGAUCCGCUGCAGAGUUUUCUUCUGAAAUGGAAAAUGAAAUUCUUUCAAUUCUGAAGUUCAGCUAUGAUAGCUUGGGGGAUGAACAAAUUCAGUCUUGUUUCUUGUAUUGUGCUCUGUUUCCAGAAGAUGACAGCGUAGGGGUAGAGACGUUGAUACACUACUGGAUAUGCGAGGGAUUCCUGGGGGAAUACCAAGUUAUAAAAGAAGUGUAUAAUAAGGGUUAUGCUAUGCUUCGUACCCUUAUCCGUGCAAAUUUGCUGACAGAGAGUGGCACAGAUUUUGUUCGGAUGCAUGACGUGGUUCGGGAAAUGGCUCUGUGGAUUGCAUCCGAUUUUGGGAAACAAAAAGAGAAUUUUGUUGUGCAAGCAAACGUCGGAUUAGUUGAAAUACCAAAAGUCAAGGAUUGGGGAGCUGUGAGAAGGAUGUCAUUAAUGAAGAAUAAGAUUAAAGAGAUAACAUGCAGUCCCAAGUGUUGUCAACUUACAACUCUGUUACUCCAGUAUAAUAAUUUGAAGAAUCUCUCAGGCGAAUUCCUUCAGUCUAUGAAAAAGCUAGUUGUUUUGGAUUUGUCGAAUAAUUACUUCUUGAGUGAACUUCCAGAGCAGAUAUCAGAGCUGGUCUCCUUGCGGUAUCUUGAUUUGUCGGAGACAAGUAUAGAGCAACUGCCGGUUGGUCUCCAAGAGUUGGAAAAGGAAACUUAUAAUCUUUGCAGUAUCAGUGGGAUAUCAAAGUUGUCGAGUUUAAGAAUUUUGAAACUACUAGGUUCUAAAGUUCAUGGAGAUGUAAGCUUAGUGAAGGAGCUGAAGCUCUUGGAGCAUCUACAAGUUUUAGCCAUAACAAUAUCUACGGAAACGGCUUUGGAGCUUAUAUCAGAUGAUCAAAGGUUGGCGAACUGCAUCACUCAUCUGGAAAUUUUGGAUUUCAAGAAGCCAUUCAGUAUAUCAUUGCUAGUGAGUAUGUACAAUCUACGUUUUCUCUGGGUGGAAAGUAGUCAUGUUUCAGAUAUGAAGUGCAAAGAAAGGACUUGCUUUACCAACCUCUCCAUCGUGUAUAUAACUAGCUGCUAUAGCAUGAAGGAUCUGACUUGGCUACUGUUUGCUCCAAAUCUUUCAUACCUAGCAAUUGAACAUUCAGAUGAAGUGGAAGAAAUAAUAAACAAAGAGAAAGCAACCGAUCUUACAGAUGUUGCACCAUUUCUGAAACUAGAACACUUAUUUUUGGAAAAUUUGCCGAAGCUCGAGAGUAUCUACCGGAGUCCUCUCCCCUUUCCCUGUUUGAAGCACAUAGGUGCAAUAGGCUGUCCGAAGCUGAGGAAGCUUCCCUUAAAUGCCACAAGUGUCCCACGACUUGAGGAAUUUGGAAUAAAGGUAAAUGAUACAGAUUAUUAUUUUGAAUGGGAGGACGAAGCUACUGAAGAUCGUUUCGUACCUACAAUCCAUACGGAUCCUUAUUAUGAGAUAUGACCCUUCUGCAAAAUUGGAUCACAUUAUGGAAUAUGUUGUGCCUCUCAAUUUCACAUUUGUCUCUAACUUCGUUUCUUUUUUUUCUUCCAUCUCCUAUUAUUUGCGUUCUCUUUUCAUUUGGAUUGUAUUGCUUUUUCUUUACAUUCUCUCAUCUUUCUGGAUUGUAAAAAGGGAUCUUCACAGUAUGUGUGAAUUUUACUGUUAGAUUUAUGAUUUUCGAUUCAUUUUU